CCAACGGGCUCGCAUCUCUGGUUACCCAAACCGGCAGCAAACCACCGGAGCUCAACUCACAUACCAAAGCCACCGCCCCUCCACUCCACCUCCCAAAUCUCUCAUCAUGUCGACGGCGGCUGCAUCUCGGCCCAGCGGCCCCAUCCUUUUGACUCCCUUUCCCAACUACCAAUCCGCCUCGCUCUCUCGUGUCAAGCUCCCCGCCGGCGGCGCCAGCCGCUCGCCAACCAAGUCCGUCAGCGUCUCGUCUCCCCGCUCCUCCCCCGCGGGCGGCGCCGCCACCGCGAAGAUCCGUCGGACAUGCAUGUGCUCUCCGACGAACCACCCCGGCUCGUUCCGCUGCAGCCUCCACAAGGAGCGCAAGCAGGAGGUCCCAGCCGCAGGCAGCUGCAGGAAGCCAUCCUCCCCGCCUUCGCCGCCGUCGAAGCGCACGGACAGCCCGUUCGCGCAGCUCGGCCCCAUCAGCAGCGGCUGCACUAAGGGCGCGGGCCGCACUCUGCCACAGCUCGCUCCCAUGGGGAGCGGGCACUGGGCGCGCAGGGCCCUCGCGCCGUCCCCCACGGCGCAGCAGGUGCAGUACAGAAAGCGCGCGAGCCGGUUCCAUGCCGGGCCAAGCCGGCUCUCCGCAGCCUCCAUGGCCGGCCACCGCGCAGGCGGCAGCAUCCAGUAAAGAAAACUGCGUCGACAUGCCAUACUAGUACAUACUGCACAAACUGUACAUAGGAACGAAAUUCCCCAAUAAUCCCGUUCGCUGUAUAGAAAGAAGAUCGGUGGGGAUCAGGCCGGGGGAUUGGAGUUUUAAGACCCAAUUCGAUUCCGGCCUGUUCAAUUAGCUGUAGAUAGAGUGGAUGUACAUAGAGUGAACCUCUUCCUCUCUGCUCCGCUGCACAUAGAGUGAGCCCCUUCGUCCUCCCUGCUCCACUUGUACAUAGAGUGAGCUCUCUGCCCGCUGUGUAUAACUCCCUGAGUUUGGUUUUGGAUAUACAUCAAUGCAAUGAGUGACAAAUUGGAGACA